CAGAGUGUUGGUUUCUCUCCCCCGACCCCCAUGUUCACGCCAGAAGAUGCGUCCGACCCAUUCUAUCACUUCAUGCAACCUCCAGCAAAUGAGACUCCCGAAGAGACUUCUGCUCGUCUCAAGCGUGAAGCGGAUGCUCAACGGGUCAGUGACGCGAUAGACGAGGAUAUUAAACAACAUAAGGCGCUCGCCAAGAAGGAGUCCCAUAUCUUGAAGGUCUUGUUACUUGGCCAGGCCGAGAGCGGCAAAUCUACAACGUUAAAAAACUUUCGCAUGCAAUAUGAUCAAGCAGCCUGGCAAAAAGAAAAGGAUGGCUGGCGCACCGUCGUACAACUCAAUCUUAUUCGUUCUAUCAUCACCAUCACCACACUCAUCGAAGCAGAACUCAGUGGGGACGUACACCUACCAUUUGACCGCGGAUCUGGUGACGAAGAAGACGACGACGACGCCGAAACUUCGGUUGGAUCCAAUCCAGAACAUGACUGUUCAAAGUUCGGAGACCGCCACCACCUUUUGAUGAUUCGCCUCGCUCCGCUUCGUACCGUAGAAGCCGACUUGCAACGCGCUUUGGGUGCAUGCACAGAGCCCUUACGGCGGAUCGCACUACCUCAGGCUGCAACCCCUUUUGACACACCCGUCCAGCGCGGUCUAACCAAGCGGUCCAUGGGUGAAUUUUCCGUUCGUUGUUGGCGUGAUGUGGUUCAUCCCGAAGGGCGGGAAAUGGCAGGGAAAACCGCUCGUGCUCUUGCAGAUCUCGACACUGCGACUACAACCAUGGCCGCGUGCAAAGAUGAUAUGCGAGCGCUCUGGCAAGACAAAGUUGUCCAAAAUGCAGUAUCAAAGCGUCGCAUCCGUCUUCCUGAUUCCGCGGGAUUUUUCUUGAAUCAAUUGGACCGCAUCGCUUCUCCGGAUUACUCGGUCACGGAUGAUGAUAUCGUGCGUGCAAGGUUGCGCACAGUCGGAAUUCAAGAAUACAAAAUCACAUUCAAGACUUCUGCCCUAGAUAUGGCUCACGGUACAUGGGAAUGGCGAAUAUUUGACGUGGGAGGAUGUCGAACAAUGCGCGCUGCUUGGCUACCUUUCUUUGAAAACACAAAUGCGAUUAUUUUUGUCUCUCCUGUGUCUUGCUUUGACGAGCGACUGGAGGAGGACUGCCGUGUGAACCGUCUCGAGGAUUCCACUCUACUGUGGCGCUCAAUAUGCUCAACCAAACUAUUGACAAGGACGCAACUCAUUCUAUUCAUGAACAAAUGCGACCUGUUGAAGAAGAAGCUCAAACAGGGCGUUUUGAUCAGGAACUCGCUAACGAGCUAUGGAAGCCGUCCAAACGAGGCUACGCCGUUCGUCAAGUAUCUUCGAGACAAAUUCAAAGAGAUUCUCAAGGUGAAUUCACCUGAGCCCAGAGCUUCCUAUAUCUAUCCCACAACAGUCACGGACACUCUAGCUACCGGGAAAACGUUAGAAUCCGUUCGGGAUGGUGUUCUCCGCGAAAACCUGAUUAAAUCGCAGUUAAUGUGAUCCUUCGUUUAUUUCCGCGGUCUUGAGAUGCGUAACUUGCUCCAAGAGCGUCCCGCACCCACACGACCCAAGGCUACCCGAGGGACCCUUUUUGGCCCUCAAUGUAUUUCAUACACGCGAACUUGUUCUUGUUACCCACUUGUUACUCGUAUUGAGGUCUGCCUUUGCUUUACGUCGUAACAACCCUUGAUACCUCCUUCCCCCCUCCCGACCCAAGGAUGUGGCCUCGUCCAUUAUAUAGCUACUUGGGCCUGGCCCACAUGGAAUAUCCAUCGUUAGGACAGGGACCGGUUACAACCCACAUACGCCUCCCUCCCUCUCCCUUGGCCUCUCUUGCUCACGGCAGCCCCAUCAGGAUUUGCACGGUCUACGUGAUCGACAUUUGCUUUUGCGGCGGUGCCUCUUCUCUUGAUCACUUGUAUCAAUACUUCAAUUCUUGGAAUAUGUCCUCCACCUUCGGGGAAUAACACGUUUUUUGUAGUCUAGCUGUCACUAGGUAUUUUACUCUAUUCACAGUACUGUAACUAUAAUUAUUGCACGCGACUGAGACGAAUCAUAUUUCUUGGAUGGAUCGUCGCUUGUUGGGACGC